ACUCAACACACUUACCGACACUACCUUACCGGCAGCGCGUGAUGUGAAGAUGACCGCCAAUUUCCCCUUAACAUUCAAUCAGACGGUGCAAGGAAUCACUGAUUUUAUCGAGGUGGCCGUUCACACUAUUCUAUACGUACGCCAGAUAUAUCCGGCAGAUCUGUUCAUUCGUCGCAAGAAAUAUGACACGCCUGUCUUCCAAUCUCGCCAUCCAGCUCUCAAUGAAUACAUAUCUGGUGCUGUCAAAGCUGUGGGCGACGAACUGAGUCGCACAAAAGUGGUCGUGGUCAUCAAGAACAAGGAGCAACAACCCCUCGAGAGUAUGGUUGAUGUCCUUCUUGGUCAGCUUAACAUGGUGGAAUCGCAGCUCGGACAACUGGGCUUGUGUGGUCAGGACAGUUUUUCCUAUGGCGAUAUAUACGCAGAACAAGAUGGUCUUGCAGAUAACGCCGAGCUCUUACCAAUGCUUCGGGCCGUCAACACCGUUGUCUAUAAAUGUGAACAUUCAUCUGUACGCAGCUUCUCUUUGGCGGUUCAAGAAUCGGAAGAGAAGUUGAAACCAAAGAAGAAAGAACUACGAGAUAAUCUACGCCCCUUACUCACUGUACUAGAAGGAAAUUUUCAAGAUAAAAUUAUCAACCAGAUCAAUUGCUAA